GAGCCCAAGCGGAGGCGGCGCGGAGCGUUUCGGCUCUCAGCGGCUCGGGAACACAGCGUGUGGUGCGAGCCUGCGGCGGAGCCUCUACACUGAAGGCGCGAGAGGUUGGCAACUUUGAUUGAAGCACAUCGAGCGGCGACAGCAGUGGAAGUCAUGAGCGACAGCGGCGAGCAGAACUACGGAGAGCGGGAAUCCCGUUCUGCUUCCAGAAGUGGAAGUGCUCAUGGAUCUGGGAAAUCUGCAAGGCAUACCCCUGCAAGGUCUCGCUCCAAGGAAGAUUCCAGGCGUUCCAGAUCAAAGUCCAGGUCCAGAUCUGAAUCUAGGUCUAGAUCCAGAAGAAGUUCUCGGAGGCAUUAUACAAGGUCACGAUCUCGGUCCCGGUCCCAUAGAAGAUCUCGUAGCAGAUCUUACAGCAGAGAUUAUCGAAGACGGCAUAGCCACAGUCAUUCUCCCAUGUCUACCCGCCGGCGUCAUGUUGGGAAUCGGGCAAAUCCUGAUCCCAACUGUUGUCUUGGAGUAUUUGGAUUGAGCUUGUACACUACAGAAAGAGAUCUAAGAGAAGUGUUUUCUAAAUAUGGCCCAAUUGCUGAUGUAUCUAUUGUAUAUGACCAGCAAUCUAGACGUUCAAGAGGAUUUGCCUUUGUAUACUUUGAAAAUGUAGAUGAUGCCAAGGAAGCAAAAGAGCGUGCCAAUGGAAUGGAGCUUGAUGGACGUAGGAUCAGAGUUGACUUCUCCAUAACGAAAAGACCACAUACUCCAACACCAGGAAUUUACAUGGGGAGACCUACCUAUGGCAGCUCACGCCGUCGAGAUUACUAUGACAGAGGAUAUGAUCGAGGCUAUGAUGAUCGGGACUAUUACAGCAGAUCGUACAGAGGUGGAGGAGGAGGAGGGGGAGGAUGGAGAGCUGCUCAAGACAGGGAUCAGAUAUACAGAAGACGGUCACCUUCUCCCUACUAUAGUCGUGGAGGAUACAGAUCACGUUCCAGAUCUCGAUCAUAUUCACCUCGUCGCUAUUAAAGCAUGAAGUUGAAGACUUUCUGAAACCUGCCCUAGAGUUGGGAUAUUGUUUGUGGACAAUAUUUUUUAUUGUCUCCUGUUUAAAAAGUGAACAGUGCCUAGUGAAGUUAGGUGACUUUUACACCUUUUAUGAUGACUACUUUUGGUGGAGUUGAAAUGCUGUUUUCAUUCUGCAUUUGUGUAGUUCGGUGCUUUGUUCAAAGUUAAGUGUUUUCAGAAAAGUAUGUUUUGCAUGUAUUUUUUUACAGUCUAAAAUUUUGACUGCUGAGAAGUUUCUAUUGUACAGAACUUCAUUUAAAUGGUUUUUCUACUGAAUCCAGGGUAUUCUGAAGAUCGAAGCCUGUGUGUAAAAUGCUACCAAAUGGCAAAAAGCAACAAUAAAGUUUGGUUUUUACUUUUCUUUCUAACAUAUCAAUGCUUAGCAGAACUAUUCAGAUUAGAUUGUCAGUAGUAAAUUAAAGACAAAAAUGCCCGUUUUCCUCGAGUCCAUGAAACAUACCAUACUUAAUAUACCUGCAAUUAAGUGAUAAAAAUUAUGCUCUGUAACUCUAUACUGCUAGUGUUAAAAACUAAAGAUCUUUCAAUACAGCAAAUGCUUAAUGCUUAUAUAAAUGUGAAUUUGUCAGCCUUUAUGUAAUCUGUAUUAUAUAUAGCAGGGAAUAAGAUGAGUUACACAAUGUAUGCCUUAAAAAGGCUAUUUCUUAAAGCUGUUAGAAGGGGAUAAUGGUAUUUCAAUUAGUUAUCAGCAAGUGACAAUACAUUCCACCACAAAUGUACUCUUGUUCUUCUAGCUUUUAAGACUAUAUGGAAAAACUGGGUGCUUCAGAGUUUUGAGAAAAAAGAAGGGAACACUACACCUGUGUUGUGGAUGAUCUGAAGACUUUGCCUGUUCAUUUUUUAAAUAUUACUUUCAGGUCCUUUGCUUACCAAAGGAGGCCCAAUUUCACUCAAAUGUUUUGAGAACUGUGUUUAAAUAAACGCAAAUGAAAAGACUAAAAA